CUGUGGCGGCAGUAGUCGCAGCAGUAUUGGCCGGCGCGCGCGUUCAUGUGUUCACGGCGUACGUACACGCACACGCACACGCGCACGCACACGGCAUAUAUACGCACGCGCACACUUCCGAGUGCCAUCGAAGACGUGUUCGAUCGUUUCUACCGACCGUUUCGGGAACACAAACUUAACGUUCAUCGUGCCGCGCGCGCGCAACACCUAUUACUCCCGUAAACCUUCGGUUUUUCCCACCACACACAGGACACCGUGGGAAAAGGAUUCGAAAUAGGAUUCAUCUGCCGGAUGUAGUCGUAUGGACCGGUGGUGAAUCCGUUUACCGCCGUCGACCACCUGUGGCGCGCGCGUUUCCACCCCGGAACUCACGAUAACACCGGUGUGCUGCCGAGGGUCUGCUGGCCGUUCAACUUUCUCAUGCCAGUCCAAAGUCGCAGACAGCCGUCGUCAUGAGAGCAACUGUUUCGUUGUGGUUCCUUGUGUUCACUGGGUUUGCGUGCAACUACAUGAUACGUAUCAAUCUCAAUAUUGCCAUUGUCGAUAUGACUUCUGCGAAGAGCAAAGGACAGAGCAUACUGUUUUGUGGAAAUUCUACGUCAAAUAUGGAUGUGGUGGAAGAACACAAUGUUGUCAAACAAAAAGAAUUUGAAUGGAAUAACCAUGAACGGGCCAUGGUACUCGGCUCAUUUUAUUGGUUACAUUGGGCGUUGCAGUUACCGGGUGGCUUGCUAGCUCGAAAUUUUGGCGCAAAACGCGUAUUUGGAUUCAGUAAUUUGUUCAUGUUCAUCAUGUCCAUCGUAAUGCCAUUCCUUACACGGUGGGAUAUCAAAGGACUCAUCAUGGCACGAGCGUUACAAGGUUUCAUUGGCGGUAUGGCAUGGCCAUCGGUACAUCAUUUAACAGCGCAUUGGGUGCCACCAAAUAAGAGGAGCAAAUUCAUCACCGCCUAUUUGGGCAGUUCGAUCGGCGUGGCUGUUACGUUCCCAUUCUGCGGAUACAUACUAGAAAACUUUAGUUGGCCGUACGUGUUUUACACUACCGGGACCAUCGGCAUCGUGUGGUUUUUGGCUUGGUGGAUGUUGGUGUACGAUACACCCGCUCAACAUCCUUAUAUAUCUCAAGAAGAACUCGUGCACAUCACGAGCAGCCUGACCAACGUGGUGUCCUCCGUUAAGUUACCGAUACCAUGGAAGGCCGUGUUGACGUGCGUGCCGUUCUGGAUUGCGUUGUCCAUCCAAUGGAGUACCGGUUGGGCUCUGCACACGCUCAUGACUCAGACACCUACUUACUUGGACCUGAUGUUCGGGUGGAAUCCACAAAAGAUCGGCCUCUGGUCGGGCGUGCCACAUCUCACCCGUUUCAUGUUCUCCCUGUGCUUGUCGUACAUCAUCGACUCUCUCAUGUCCACUGGUCUAUACAGCCGUACAUGCGUACGUAAAAUAUCAACCAACAUUUGCACAGUAGUACAAGCCAUACUCAUUGUAGCCCUUGUGUAUUCAGGAUGCGACCAGUUGUUGGUAAACGGAUUCCUGUUACUGGCCAUGACGGCCAGCGGUGCGUCCACAUCGGGCCCGCUGUCUAUAAUGGUCGACCUGUCACCAAACUUUGCCAGCGUGUUGCAAGGAUUCAGUGGCAUCACCGGCGUCAUCCCGGGAAUGAUAUCGCCAUUUGUACUGUCUUACUUUACGAACGAAAACAACACGAUCGAAGCGUGGCAACAUUUUUUCGCCUUGAGCGGCGUAGUCAUAGCCAUUCCCGGACUAAUGUACAAUUUCAUCGGAUCCAGCGAAUUACAGUCAUGGAACAGUCCUGCAGCAGUCAACGACCAAGAGCUGACCGUCACCAAUGGUAACACGACAGAAAAAAAAUGAUUUUUUUCAUGCGCAAGCUAGACAAUCGAACAAAAACGAUCAAUUGUGUAUUUUUAUCUAUUAUUUUUCUAUUUUAUAUUGACCAAUAUUAUAAACACACAUUCAUAUGAGA